CGGCCGCAGCGUCCUCCCCCGGCCCCCCUCUUCCUCCUGCCGGGGUCGGAGGUCGGCUUCCCUUUCGGCCAGAGGGGGUCAUGCAGGUGAGCUGGAUCCUGGCGCUCGGGUCCCUCUGCCUGGGAGCCCUGCCGGCCGGGGCGGCGGAGGGGAAGCGGAAACUGCAGAUCGGGGUGAAGAAACGGGUGGACCACUGCCCCCUCAAAUCCCGCAAAGGAGAUGUCCUCCACAUGCACUAUUCGGGGAAGCUGGAAGAUGGGACUGAAUUCGACAGCAGCCUGCAGCGAGACCAGCCCUUUGUCUUCUCCUUGGGGACGGGCCAGGUUAUCAAGGGCUGGGACCAGGGGCUGCUCGGGAUGUGUGAGGGGGAGAAGCGGAAGUUGGUGAUUCCUUCUGAACUAGGAUAUGGCGACCGAGGGGCUCCCCCGAAGAUCCCAGGUGGAGCCACACUGGUGUUUGAGGUGGAGCUGUUGAAGAUCGAGAGAAGACCGGAGCUGUAGCCAGGGGCUGGGGGGGCGGCGGGGGGAAACCGACGGAUGGAUGGAGGGGUGGACGAGGAAUGAACGGACCGGGGGCUUGGCGGGGAGGUGUCCCUCCCCCGGGGACCAGAUUUUGUUUUAAAAAAAAGAAAUUAAAAAUGCUCAAGGGCGA